UCCACUUCAUAAAAGCAGCUUCCGUUACGUCGUACCAAGUUACAAGUCAUUGUACUACCUGCGAUUGUCUACCCAACAAAUUCUGUAAUAACGUUUUAAAAGGGGUGUCAUUAUAGAUUGAACAGUAAAAACGUGUACUGGAAACGGAGCGAAGGAAAAGAAAACCACACAGAUCCACUCAGGGCAAACGACGACUAUAUUCUCCACCCGGGUCGCUACACUUGGCGGAGGGAUACUACAGACGUUAGCAGACAUCGGGCGGACAAGCCGCGCGUAGUCGCCGAGUUCCUCUUGAAACCUUCAUUUUACAGUUCGUGCUUAGCGUUCUCUCAGGUCUGUGCUCUAAUUUAGAUGGCAAGCUUCCCAGAUUCUGUAAACGAAAAUGAUAUAGGUCAAGCAAAGUUCAUCGGGGAACUCCUGGUGCCCGUUGCUCCCUUUGACCAGAAGUCUGGGCGUGAGGCGUGGACAGUAGCGUUUGCACCCAACGGUUCCUACUUUGCUUGGUCUCAGGGACAUCGCAUCGUGAGGCUCAUUCCCUGGGCAAAAUGUCUGAAGAACUUCUCGAUAGGCCACGAUGGAGAGGCAACCAAUGCUCUGAGCCCUCGCCGCUUGUCACGUCAGAACAGCGGCGAAGGCCAGCUGAUCCCCGAAGCCGACGAGCCCCGCGAACACACCAUCGACUGCGGUGACGUCGUCUGGGGCUUGGCCUUCGGCUCCUCGGUGCCAGAGAAGCAGAGCCGCUGCGUUAACAUCGAGUGGCACCGCUUCAAGUUCGGUCAGGACCAGCUGCUUCUGGCAACGGGCCUGAACAACGGUCGCAUCAAGAUCUGGGAUGUUUACACUGGAAAACUUCUGCUGAAUCUGAUGGACCACACCGAUAUAGUGAGAGACUUGACGUUUGCUCCUGAUGGCAGUCUGAUGCUGGUCUCUGCAUCCAGAGAUAAGACCCUCCGCGUGUGGGACCUCAAAGAUGAUGGUAACAUGGUGAAGGUUCUGAGGGGCCAUCAGAACUGGGUGUACUGCAGCGCCUUCUCUCCCGACUCUUCCAUCCUGUGCUCGGUGGGCGCUGGCAAAGCAGUGUUCCUAUGGAACAUGGAUAAGUUGACCUUGAUGCGGAAGCUGGAAGGGCACCACAAUGACGUGGUGUCUUGUGAGUUCUCACCAGAUGGGGCUCUGUUGGCCACCGCCUCGUAUGACACCAGGGUCAUCGUAUGGGACCCCCACAAGGCCACUGUCCUGCUGGAACUCGGCCAUCUCUUCCCUCCUCCAUCACCCAUUUUUGCUGGAGGGGCAAAUGACCGCUGGGUCCGUUCUGUGAGCUUCUCCCCUGAUGGCCGCCACAUCGCCAGCAUUACGGAUGAUCGGCUGGUUCGUUUCUGGAGCAUCGAGGAGAGGGCUCCUCAGGCUGUCGGCUCUCUCCCCAGCGGCCUCUGCUGUGCCUUCUCUGCUGAUGGAAGUGUCCUUGCUGCUGGGACUCGUGGUGGUAGUGUGCACUUCUGGGAGUGUCCUCGCAGUGUGGCCAGUCUGCAGCACAUUUGUAGGAUGUCGCUGCGCCGUGUUAUGACCACCCAGCAGGUGGAGACCCUGGCUAUUCCUAUGCCGCUCCGUGACUUCCUGACCUACAAAGUCAUCUAACCCCCCGCAUUCACACAUGCAAAUACAUACAUACACACACACACACACACACAUACAUACAGCACCUGCUGACCCAACCGCACUUGCUGCAGCAGCAUGCUGGGAAACAAUGAAUUGUCUUCAGAAAAUCAAUCCCGUUUACUUUUCAUUAAUCUCUGCUGAACAAACAGCAAUCUGACCAGGAGGAAAAGUUGUACUGAAAUACCCCCCAGAUCCCCUCCACAGCAGGAUAUUAUGUUUGGUAAAUAUUUAUUUUUGUACGUACUUUAAGUAAAUGUGUCUUGGACAGAGAACUAUCACACCAGGCCUUUUGCAGGGGCUCCUGCAACUGUUCAGCUCCUCGUCUUCCUGCAUCCAGCUCUCCACCGAGUUCAGUAAACCCUCCAUCUGGCUAGCUCUUUAUGUCAGGUUUGUUGUUGGCCAGUGGGCAAGUCAUAGGGAGGAAUGUCAUAGAGGGGUCUGAUGGAUGGAGGGGUCUGAAGGCCAAUACUCGGCCCUGUGAACUACUAACACAGGAUGUGUCGUAUCUUAGCAGCUAUCAAGCUAGCUCUGGUGCAAUCGAGGGAGCCAGUGGUGCAUCGAGCAGGCAGAUAUUGGGUCAUUGCACAGGUAUUGGUAUCAGCAUAUAUGACAGAAGUUGAAUUACAGUGAUGCCAAAGAUAUUUUUUUCAAACUGUGUAACCAUUCGAUGGUUUUGUCUACCGGGGGGUGGGGAAGUUUGUUUUUCAAUUGCAUAAUGUCCUCUUACUACAUUUCUUGCUUGUAGUUUACUCGUUUAAGGGAGCCGUUGCAUCAUUGUUUGUUUUUUUAAAGCUCAAAUAUCAAUAUCUAUGUUAUUAACAUCUGCCAUUAUACUUCAGUAUUGUCCCGGAGACUCAUCCCACUAUUUGGUUAGUUUAACAGAGGAGCAUCAUAGAGCGCUACGUAUAUCUUAAUUCAUUUGGAUUAUUAUAUGACUAAUACGUUGUAAUCGGUUGAUGUUUGACAUAUUUCACAUUUGCACGUAGAUCAGCACGGCUUCAACUCAGUUCGGUCUGCUGAUCACAACAUUACUUGAAAUGAACUUAUUUUUGGUGUAAAGUUUAGCUGUUGUAAAUACUCGCAUUGUCUUUGCGUUAAAGCUACCCCGUGGAGUCCAUGACCUCUAAGGGCACUAUGGAGUAACGGUGGCUGAGCUGACCACCAUUUUGUUCCCUUUUAACAUGUACGAUGUAGCUCCUCUGACAAUUUGUUGAGGUGGUGCAAAAAGGAUUGAUAAGGAGGGAAAGGAUUGUAGAAACAUUUAAAAGUAAUCUGAACUUCCAAGAAAAACCCACCAGGGUCUCUAUGAAGCCCUUGUUCGUGCAGCCAAAACAUGCCAACUUGCUGUCAUGACAGUUUCAGUGAAUAGUAUAGUAACAGUAGUCAGUCCCCAAUCCCCUGUGUGUUUGAGUUUACUUCUCCAUCUUGUGUCUUGGUGUGUGUGUUUGCCAUUCCAGUACAGAGCCUUGAGUUCAGCGCCAUAUCUGUGUGUAUAUAUAAAAUUGUCAUGUUUAUAAACAAAUUAUAAGGGUGUUCUUUCUGCAUAUGUAUCCAGGUUCUCUGUAAAACAUUAGUGUUUUUGUUAUUGUGUUUUUUUGUUCUCCUUGUAAAUGUGAAAAUGUCGAAAUCACAAAGUUGCAUUUCUCAUGGGUCUAAUACACUUCCACAGUCCAAUCUAGGCUGUGUAAGUGUAAUCGCACCAUUUGCAGUAAAAAUGACAAUAAGCAAAUCCAGCGACCCUGAAAGCUGUCCUCAGCCCAUCCGGUGUUCCAGGCCUUCUUGUUCACUCUCAAUAGAAAUGUAUGCUCCUGAUGAUCCACUGUGACCCUUCACAUUGAGCAGACUGUUUUUGAAUGGGAUGUUCUGGUUGUGGUCUGCAAAAGUUAGUAUUUUCUGAAGAGGCAGCAGUUGAAUAUCCUGCUUCUAUGGUCAAUGCUAAAGGUUUUCCCUGUGGCUGGGCUGCAGUGUACUGGACCACAUUACAUGGCAUCAUUACGCCUAUUACCAUGGUGAUUGGAAAAGCCCACAGUCCUGCCUCUGUGAGAUGCAGUAUAAAACGGAAAGUGUAUGAAUGUACAAAGUUCCUUUUCUUGUAUUUAGUUUAUUUUUGUGUUUGAAUUUUCAGUAAAACCUUUUUUUUUUAAACAAAAUGUAGAUUGUUAUUCAUUUCAGAGAAUGUGUGCAUUGAGCCUAUUAAAAAAAGUUUUGGUACAGGC